AUUAUUACUAUGGAAAUAUCGAAUAUAAAUGAUUUAUCUAACUUAAUAAAGGAAAAAGAGAAAGUAUACACAUUUCGAAAACUUGAAUAAAAAGAUGUUAAGAAAAUUUAAUAACUUAUGACUAAGUCAUUUGUAUAUGAAAAUCAAGGAUUUAUAAUAUUAAAAGUAACUGAAGAUGAUCUAAACUCAGAGUUAAUGUUUUAAUUUUAGUAAUUAUUUUUUUUAAGUUUCAUUAGUGAUUUUAUGGUUUAAGAGAAUCUAUCUUAUGGAGCAUUUCAUGGAGAUGAACUAGUAUCUGCUUGUUUGACUUAUGACUUAUCUAAUAACAAUAACUUUAAUUAUUAAGGACCAGAGCCAUCCAAAGUUAUGUAAGAAAUCUAAAAAUUUGUUGAUAUUUUGCUAGAUAAGUAUGCAGAUGCAAAAAAUAUACAAAAAAAAGAAAUAGCAUAUUUAAGUCAUCUUGCAACUAGAGCUGAUCACUUUUAAUAACAAUUAGCUGUUUCCUGUGCCUAUUUAUCUGCAGAAGAAUGUAGAAAGUUAGGUUUCAAAUAAAUGAUCACUGAAGCAGCUCAUAUAGGUACAUAAAAGAGCUUUUCUAAAAUUUUCAAGAAUUUUGAAAAAUUUAAGGAGAUUAAGGAACUUAAAGGAUAACCUGUGGAUAUAGUUUCUUUAAUUGGAGCAUUUAACACCCAAUAAUAUUGA